AUGUACAAGACAGCAAGCGGCCUCAUGCAUGGGAAUGCACAUGUAAUAUGGACUGUGGGUGAUCAGAGUGACAAAAAGAGAAAAAUAACACACCAAUGGAGAUGGAUGGACAGGGAUGGACAGGGACCUAAGGCAGGGACGGUAUCCGAUACGGAUUGCGUGUCCGUUAGGUCUCCGGGAGGGGCGGAUGUCGACAGAAGAGGUCGGAUGGAUAUGGAAUAUUCAACAUGUCAUGUGAUGUCUGGAUUUGGUUAUUUUGGUGAUGAUCAAUGGGUUUUCUCUGGGUUAUUCAUGGCAAGGUUGUACAAGCUAUUGGCGAUUGUUACAACAAUGGUCGUAGUCGGACUGGGAUGGGUAAGCGAAGGACGACAGUCCUAAGCUAUCUGUCGUGUAUCGGUUGAACGUCAAUAUACCUGGUAGCCUAAGCCGUCAGGUUGUGACAGAACGGAAGGGGAGGUAAGCUUCUAAGGCGAGAGCCGAAGAAGGGUUUCGUGUUCGACGGUUAAGUCUAGACGAGAGAUCGGUAUUGACUCAAAGACAAACAGUCUAAGAGAAAAGAGGUAUUGACUCAAGGAUAGCGAUCCAAGAGUAUAGCGGGUUCGUGAUCAGACUCAAGAGAGUUAACUCGAGAGAAUAUACAAGUCAAGGUAAAACCCAG